AUGGGAAAAUUUGCUACACAGAAGCUUAAAAAACGCCAAUUUUGUGCCAAUCGACAUACUAAACGUUCUCGUGUUGAAUAUGAGGGAGAGGGCGAGCCAGUAAUGCAAGAAAAUAACGAGGAAAGCGAGGUUUCUUUGAGUGCUGAUGAGGGCAACGUGGCGCUAUUCCAGCUGGAAUUUCAGUGUCCUACAGGAAGCUUCAGCCUCGUGUUCGGCAGAAUUCCGGUGAGAAAAGAACCCCUAAACCUUCAACAAAAAGUUCUCAAGGCACUUAUGGAUUCAGGCUUUGUGAUAUGGAACUUAUUGGAAAUGUUUUUUCCAUAUUUGUCAGCUUCCCAGAAUGUAUACAACACAAUGGAAGAAAAUAGUAUCAAACGUAAAGAUUGUGCUUCUAAACUCCACCUCACUUGCCAACACUGCAAAUGGAUGCAUUUGUCUUGGAUUUCAAAACGAAAAACAAAAGAGUUUUGA